AUGGCCAUUGCAUUUGGAGAGCCGAUACCUAUCGGCGAUGAGCAUGCAAUCUGCGUUUCGCUUCCUGAAUGGAAUCACUCGAUAGGCUUUAGCUGCCAGGAUUCUGAGGUUUUGGAGGCCCUCAAAUCGGGAUAUCCCCGUUUCAGCCUUCACAAGGCUGUCUCGAGGUUGGAGGAGAGGCUGCUUAGCUGGGCAACAUCACUUCCUUGUCACACACUCGCUCUCGUCCCAGAAGAAGCCAUUAAGCUAUUCCCAAGCGAUAGAAUGGCCAAGGCAUGUCAAAAAUACCUACAAGCUUCUGAGGUGGAGAAUCGCGGCAAAAUGCGUGUUCGCGUUGCCCACAUUACCUUGGAUGGCGAACUUGAGGACAUCAGUGGAGUUCAGGCGGCAACAUGGCAUGACCCCCCUGAAGAGCAUGUUUUUUCCGUGACGUAUCCUAGUCGCCUCUCUCGCCGUGCUUGGAAGUUCUGGCUGCAUACAGGUUACGGCAUUUCUAGUCGUUUUUCUGCCUUUUGGCUCAAAAAAGCCUCGUUUCUUUGGCAUAACCAUGACGUUAGAAUCAACAGAUCAGGCAAAAUAUUGCCAGUAGAAGAGGCGAUAGAAGCGGCAGAAGCUAUGCGAGAGCACAUUGCAACUCUUUAUUCGACUCAAGAGGUCAAAGCAACCAGAGGAGAUGUGUUCCUGUUCCAGGGCGGUAUGGCGGCCAUUACGCAGACGGCCACAUGUUUGAGUAUACUUUGCGCCAGUCGAUUUGAAAGGAAAACAGGCUAUCGGGUUGCGAUAUUUGGCUUUUUAUACACUGAUACCUUGAAAGUGCUCAGCAACAUCCUGGGUUUCAAUAGUACCCACUACGGCUAUGGUUCAUCUAAGGACAUGGAUGCACUCGAGUAUGAGUUAAAAGAAGGACGGGCCAUCGACGCUCUCUAUACCGAGUUUCCCACUAACCCGCUACUUACAAUUGUCGAUCUCGAGCGCUUACAUGCGCUAUCGGUUCAAUACGACUUCGUUCUCGUUGUCGAUGACACUAUCGGAACCCCUAUCAAUCUUUUGAUAGCUCCCUGGUGCGAUGUUGUCUGUACUAGCUUGACGAAGAUGUACAGUGGCGCCGGCAACGUCAUGGGUGGGAGUGCUGUUGUAAGCCCUUGGUCGCGCCACCACGGUGUCUUGCGUGCGGCACUCACGGCGUAUCAUGAAGAUACCUACUUUCCGCACGACUUGCUAGUUAUGCACGCCAAUAGCUCCAAAUUUGAGGAGCGCGUAGCCACAGCAAGUCGUAAUGCUCAGAGUGUCGCUGAGCUCCUACGCCGCCACCGGCUUGUAACAGAAGUUCUCUACCCUUGGGGUGGCCCUACACAAUCUCUAUAUGACAAAUUCAAGCGACCUGGUGCUGGAUACGGCUUUCUAGUGUCGGUACGCUUCUCUCAACCUGCUGUCGCUAUCGCCUUCCACGACGCCCUCGAGACAGCGAAAGGCCCGAGUUUUGGUACUAAUUUCACCCUCGCUUGCCCAUAUACAGUGCUCGCGCAUUACGGCGAGUUGGACUGGGCAGCGCAGUUUGGCGUCUGGGAGCACCUGGUCCGUAUCAGCGUCGGCGCUGAGGAUCUCGAGGUACUAUUUGGGAUUUUCAGCAACGCCCUUGCCGCCGCUGAGAACUACUUUGUCUAA